AUGAGUAACCAGAAAAACAAGAAGACAGAGGGAGACGAGGUGGAGGAGCUGCUCCGAGCAGCGGAGGACGAGCUCCUCCUCAACCUCAGCCUCAACUCCCACAUGUCCCGCGUCUCCACCUCCUACAUCGACCCCGAUCUGGACCGCCGUUUCGAGGCCCUCAAAUCUUCCUCUUCUCCUUCCUCCAAAACCAACCCACCACCGCAAAACCCAAAACUCAAAGACCCAGUUGCGAAAAAUGUCCAGACUCCUCAAGAGCCCCAUCUGGAUGCCGAUCAUGAUGACCUCUUGGCUAGAUUCGCUGCUCUGAAGGGCUCAAUUUCUGAGGCUACUGCCACUGCUGCUGAUGGGGAUGAUGACGAUGACGAGGAGGAUGAAGUUGACAAGGUGAUCCGAUGGGCCAUGGAUGCUGCUCGUCUUGAGAAUUCGCCUCCUACCCACCAAGUGGCCCCCGAAAAUGGGAAAUCAAUAAAUUAAACCGUCUGAAGGUCUUUCCAAGAACCUUAUCAAAGCUUUAAGGUGAUCUUAAUUAAGCACUGGAACUGAGUCGAGAUUCUAUGAAGUGUUGGGCCUGCUAGGACAGGAUCUUCAUUUGGUAAGAUGAGAAUUGCAGUGUCUUGAGAGUUCUUACAUUUCUGAACAUGUUGUUCUUCAUACCCAGAAUGAGUUUAGUUGAGACAUGGGAUGAUGGAUAUAGAUUGAUAUUGAUGUUGUGUGUAAAUUGCCCACAUCAUCCAAGUCUCUGAAAUGGAAAACUGUCUCAUGGGUCUCCAUUUAAAUGCUUUGCAUAUGGUUCUAAGUUCUAACAUCUAUUUAGAAGAAAAUUCAUUUGCCCGCAGGAACGAAGGCAGCUUAAGCAGUUGAGGUGUUCUUUCAUGAUUUCAUGGAGUAGAGAUAUAUGGAUAUUUUACUCAUUACCAAGAGUGGGAACUCUAUGAUAUCUUACUUGUGCACAUCAUAAUUUACUUGGGUUAUGUUUUUAA